UCAUGACGUUGAUUCGAUUUCAGGAAGCAUGUGGAGAGCAGAGUGAAUGUCAAAACAGAGACCGAUGAGACUAAUAGAGAAACUACUGAGAUUAAAUUAAUAGAGCUGUAACAUUAUAUCCCAGCGACUGGACGUGAAAGGCACCGUUAUCAUAGCGGAGGAAGCAGAGAAAAGCAAGCUGGAUCCAGACAUUCAUAAGCCGUGUUGAAUCUCUCCGCUUACACUUACAUGCAACAUGAUGUCGCUCACAUUACAGAGGAUUCCUGCUUUCACCAUGUCAUUAUUCUGUAGAUGUAGCUCAAAAAUCUUUCAGCGACACUGCAGUCGCAUGUUAUCCAAGAAAGUAAGAGUGUCUGAUGCACUGUCAAGCAAAGAGACAGGAUCAAAUAUUAGAAUACAGGGGUGGGUUCGAUCGGUCCGGCCACAGAAAGACAACCUCUUCUUACAUGUGAAUGAUGGAAGUUCAUUGCAACCUCUACAGGUCGUUGCCAGCUCGCAAUUGAAUAGCAGAGACCUCACAUUUGGCUGUGCUGUUGACAUCACUGGCACCUUGGAGAAGAGUCCAAAUAAGAAACAAAAUGUGGAGUUAUAUGCUCACCAGAUUAAAGUGGUUGGAGAAUGCAAUCCUGUGGAUUUUCCUUUCAAAAUCAAGGAGCGUCAUUCUCUGGAGUACGUCAGGCAGUUUCCUCACCUCAGAUGCCGAACAAAUGCCUUCAGUUCCUUGCUCAGGAUACGCAGUGAGGCUACAACUGCUAUCCAGUCAUUCUUCAGGGAUAACGGUUAUGUGCAGAUACACACACCAGUAAUCACCUCAAAUGACUGUGAGGGAGCUGGAGAACUCUUCCAAGUUGAGCCUGCAGGUCAUAAAAAUGACUCAGAUGACCCAAACCCACAUUUCUUCUCUGUGCCAGCUUAUUUAACAGUGUCAGGACAACUGCACCUGGAGGUGAUGGCAGGGGCUUUUUCAGCAGUGUACACAUUCGGUCCCACGUUCAGAGCAGAGAACUCUCAAAGUAGGAGACACUUGGCAGAGUUUUACAUGGUAGAGGCAGAGGCUGCCUUCACUGAAUCACUAGACGACCUUAUGAAGGUAAUGGAGGAUUUAUUCAAGGCUACCACAGAGCAUGUGCUGUCCUGUUGCGCAGAGGAUGUAGAGUUAUUUCACAAAUACAUUGCACCAGGACACAGGGACCAAGUGGAUCUCAUGUUGAAAAGAAAAUUUAAUGUCAUUUCUUACACUGAGGCCAUAGACAUUCUAAAGAGCAGUUCACAGAACUUUACAUUCAGUACUGAGUGGGGCUGUGAUCUUCAGACAGAACAUGAGAAGUUCCUAGUAAAACAUUGUGGAAACAUCCCAGUGUUUGUCGUUAACUAUCCCUACGAGUUAAAGCCUUUUUAUGCCCGAGACAACCAGGAUCAGCCAAACCACACUGCAGCUGCUGUAGAUCUCUUGGUGCCUGGAGUGGGGGAACUCUGUGGUGGAUCACUGAGAGAGGAGAGACCUGAACUUUUGAGACAACGACUAGCACGGGCUGGAUUGGAGGACACAUAUGCAUGGUAUCUACAGCUGAGAGAGUUUGGCUCAGUCCCCCAUGGUGGAUUUGGAAUGGGCUUUGAGAGGUACCUGCAGUGCAUUCUGGGACUCCACAAUAUUAAAGAUGCAAUUCCUUUUGCGAGGUUCUCACACUCCUGCCUGCUUUGAAACAGUGUUAUAAAAUGACCAAAAAAAGAUUGAAUGUGCUUUAUUUUUUACUUUUGAUGAUGCCAUUACUUUUACUUUUUUGAGGCCAUUAGUACAGUGGUUCACAACACCUGUUCUUGUAGCCAACCAACACACCACUGCAAAUUUUCUGAUUGCCUCACACUGCUCGAUUUUAAGCCCUGAUUUUCACUUGCCAACAGAUUUAUGGAAAUCUCCAACAAAUGAAAUCAGAGUCAAAUUGGUGCUUGUUCAGGUGUGUGACAAUCAAAGACGCAAUCUAAGAGCAGAGUUGAUGCAUUGCUGAUGCCAGUGAGAUAUUUGGCACGCUAGAUAUCUGGCGUGAAAGGUGUUUUGAUUGAAAAUUACAUCAGUGACGACCUACAGCCAAUGAGAGAGCAGAUACAGGGUGAAGGAAAGUUCAGGGGGUGGAGUCGUAGGGCUCAAACAAAAUAUCAGCACUGUGGCUUCUUCCAGCAAACAUCGCUCCUUCAUAUUCUUCUUCCAGUAUCUAGACAACUUGGAUUGUAAGCUUUUUGCAGGAUGCCAUUUUUGACAGGAAUUCAUCCAUUCUCACUUGAGCACGCCUGUCUCUUGUGCAAUCUCAUGCUAUUUCCUGUAUCAAUUCUUGCAUGCAUUAUGGUUAAGAAAUGUAGUUUGUAAACAAGGCAGACUUGUUUCCAUUAUUUGCUAUUGAGAAAUUGUGUAAUGUAUGACCCCCUGUCUCCAAUCCAUUGUAUGGUAUGCCCACAAUAGCAACUAGAUGGUACUUGUGCAGUGUGAGAACAGCAGCAACAACUUUGAAAAUCAUGCAGUGUGAACCCGGCAUUAGGUGUGACACCCGUUUGAAAUCUACUAUUGAGCUGAUGAUCAGAAUCAAAUAUGUUUGAUUAGGUAAACAUACAAAAUGAGCAAUAUUGAUGAAGAUCCAGAAACAGGUUUUAGGAACCACUGUUCUAGUGUUGCAGGAUGACUAAUACAGUUCAUGCAUUUUUAUGAAACCUAUUCAUCUUCCCUGUUAUAGAAAGGGGCAGAUAUUAGUUAAAAGCCUUAAAAAAAAUGUUCAUUUGUUUAGAUUUUUGUUUUUUUUACUAUUAUUUAUGGCCAAUAUCAUAAAUCACAUUUAACAUCUUCAAAAUAAAAUAAUUCUCUGAGAGCUUCUUUGAUCUUGUGAUGCAGAAUAGUUAUUUAUUUUUUAUUUAAUUAUAUUUUGUCAAAGACUAAUGUCCACUAUUGUAUUCUGUGAGUAUAAAAUGUAACAUUUUUAUUUGAGUGAGUACACUUUUAACUUUUAUGGUUUGACUAAACAGUAAAUUUCUCUGAAGACUCUGAGAGGAACCCUGUUAUUAUUGUAAACUA